AUGGCAUCACAGAUUCAAAUUUUCUUGCUAUUUUUAGUUUCAUGCACCACUCUGCAGAUAUCAAUGGCUGGAGAUCCAGACAUUCUGACUGACUUCAUUACACCACCAAACGUAGGACUCCCACUGGACGGAAACUUCUUUACAUUCACUGGGAUGAGAGCACUAGUGGGUGCACCAUUUCCAACAGCUUUUAAGGUUCUGAAAGCAACCAUGGCUGAAUUUCCAGCUCUUAAUGGUCAAAGCGUUUCUUAUGCCGUACUCCAGUUCCCUAAUGGCACAGUCAACCCACCACACACCCAUCCACGAGCUUCAGAGCUGUUGUUUGUUCUCAUGGGUUCUUUAGAAGUUGGGUUUGUCGACACUACUAAUAAGCUGUUUACUCAGACUCUACAACAAGGUGACAUCUUUGUGUUCCCGAAGGGACUUGUCCACUUCCAGUUUAACAGUGAUUCUAAGAAUCCAGCUUUAGCACUCUCUGCAUUUGGUAGUGCAAGCGCAGGGACUGUAUCUGUUCCAAAUUCAGUUUUCAACUCGACCAUCGAUGAUCAGAUAUUGGCCAUGUCAUUCAAGACCGACGUUGCUACCAUUCAAAAGAUAAAAUCUGGGUUUUCAGGCUAA